AUGUCUGGCGGUUUCAUCUUACAAGCGGUCUAUCGUACUCUUCAAGCUCGUCGUGUGGAAAUACAGCUGGCGAAACUCGCCCAAGAGGAAAACGCUGCUUGGGAGAUUGCAGCAAUCUCCGUCCAUCCAUGGCUCAAAUAUAAUGGCAGUAGUAAGACUUUAGAAAUUGUACUCGACUUUUCUGGUUUAAAUUCUCCAUUUCAGCAGAAUAAGCUCACCAAGAACCUAAUUCAAAUUCUUCCGAAGUACUCGAGCCAUGCUACCAAUAUCCAUAUCGAUGUUGUGUUUGGGAUCCCCCACAUGGACGUUAUCAACAACAACACAAAAGCUGCUCGUCAUUGGGCCAUGGCUAACGUCGUUUAUGAGCUCAAUAAGUUCCGUCAACUUGAUUCGGUUCGAGUCUCAUUGUCUGUGCAGAGAAUUUACUGGGAGCAGCUGAAGCCCGUUAGCGCAAUCUAUGGACUGGACUAUACUCGCUGGACUUUUGACAUUGUCGAAAAUGGUACGGAGAAGGCAAUUGAGAUCGAUUCUGACUUUGAUUGUAAAUUGAGCUCUCAUUUCAAUGACGAGAUGUACUGGUGA